AUGAGAGCAGCACUUGCAGGUGGUGCAGCAGUUGUAGUGGCUGACGCCGCAUCUGUCGCAGACGAAGAAAGAGUUUCCGAAGAAGAAGAAGAAGCAGAAACAGCAAGAGUCGAGGAUCUUGGAGAAGUGAUUGUCGUUAAUGUCGUUGAUGCAGAUGCGACUCCAGAAGCGGAAUCAGAAGCAGAAAUAGAUCCAGCAGUCGAGGUAAAAGACACCACCGUCUCCGUAGCCAUACUCGUACUCUGCACCCCCGUCUCCGAAGAAACAGUCGUAGUCCCCAAAGCAGAAGUAGAAGUUGUCGACAACCCCCCACCACCCGAAACCAUCACCGUACUUUCCACAGAACUUGCCGUCGUCGAGCUGGUAACAAACACCACACCCGUCGUACCAACCCCAAAACUCCAACUCACCAUCGGUCUCAAACUCGACGGUAAAGCCGCAAACGCAGAAGAAAGCACAGAAAGUGCAUUUGUAGUCGCUGGCUGUUCUACACAACCAGAAGGGCCAGCAGUGCAAGCAAUGAGGGUUGUGAAGGUGGAGGUUUCUGUGGUCAGGAUGGGGAUUAUGGUUGCUGUGGUUUGGUUAGAUGUUUUGAUUUUUGAAAAGAGGUAG